AUCUCCCUUGUCAAUUACAGCUUGCAACUUGUCAAAAUAGUUUUUGAAAUGAUUUAAAUACCAAAAGAAUGGACAGAGAAGUUCUUUGCGAAAGUUUAAUUGUCUGGUUGGAGACAUUUAAUCUGGAUGUUCCUCACGGCAACACAGAAGAGCUCAGUGAUGGAAUUGCGAUGUCAAAGGUGCUGCAUCAAAUUGCCCCUGACUAUUUCACGGACUCAUGGCUGAGCAGGGUAAAAACAGAGGAUGUGACCAACUGGAGAUUGAAGGUUUCCAACCUGAAGAAAAUCCUCAAGGGCAUCCUUGAGUACAAUAUUGAGAUCCUGGGUAUACAGAUCCAUGACUUUCAGAUGCCGGAUGUGAAUGCUAUAGGUGAGAGCAGUAACCAUAUAGAGCUUGGGCGGCUGUUACAGCUGAUCCUUGGUUGUGCCGUAAACUGCACAGAAAAACAGGAGUACAUUCAGCGGAUUAUGUCAAUGGAAGAAUCUGUUCAACACGCCGUCAUGACUGCAAUUCAAGAGCUGAUGACCAAAGAAAUUGCCACAGAUGUGGACUCAGAAGUGGGAGAACAGGUAUGACUUUCUGUUUGGUUAUUUUUGUAUUGUACACACCAAUCUAUCGAUUUACUCGAAGAAAACACAUAUUCCUGUACAAAAUCAUUCAUGCGAAACGGUAGGUGCUUUAGUUCCUCAUGCACGGCAUGGUGGUUGUCGAGACUAGGUGCCUCGCUGUAAUUGCCGCAGCAGGUGGACAUACAAAGUAUUAAAACAAAAUCAAAUACAACGUGAUUUAAUCUUACAGUUUUUA